GGAACAUGGUGAGAAUCUAUUUCAGUGCAAUGUGUGUUGGAUGCACUCUUCUGGGGAUUGCAUCAGUAGCCACCAUAGUUGGGUUAUGGACAGUUCAGAUUCUUCCUUCAACUGAACCUCCUAAUGAGCCAUGGAAUGAGUACCGUCUUCCAGACACUCUGAUUCCAGACUCCUACAACGUCUCUCUCUGGCCUCGACUCCAGCCAAACAUUGAUGGCCUUUUUGUCUUCACUGGAAAGUCCAUUGUGGUCUUCAAAUGUGUGAAGGAGACAGAUCUCAUCCUCAUUCACUCCAAUAAGCUGAACCUGACCUCAACAGAUGGAUAUCUAGCAAGACUGUUGGGACUUGGUACCACAGUGGUGCCCACAAUACAGAAAACCUGGAUGCAGGAGACAACUCAGUACCUUGUCAUAGAGUUGAAGGGCAAACUGAAACCUGGGGACUUUUAUGCGCUUUACACAGAGUUUGUAGGGGAGCUUGCAGAUGACCUGGCGGGGUUUUACAGGAGUGAAUACAAUGAGAAUGGAGUAAAAAAGAUAGUUGCCACCAGCCAGAUGCAUCCCACACAUGCUCGCAAAACUUUCCCAUGUUUCGAUGAACCUGCAAUGAGAGCAGUUUUCAACAUCACUCUUGUCCAUGACAUGGGAACCGUCGCCCUGUCCAAUGGAAUGGAAACUGAGAAAGUGGACACCAUUCUUGAGGGCCAAGCUGUUACGGUGACAACAUUUGAAUCCACAAAGAAUAUGUCCACCUAUCUAUUAGCACUGGUUGUCAGUGACUACACAAAUGUUAUAUCAGCGGAACAGACUUUGAUACGGAUAUGGGCCCGUAAGAAAGCCAUUGAGGAUGGCCAUGGGGAUUAUGCCUUGAGGAUAACUGGACCAAUUCUCAUGUUCUUUGAAAAAUAUUAUAAUGUACCAUAUCCACUCUCUAAAUCAGACCAGAUUGCUCUGCCAGAUUUUUACUUUGGGGCAAUGGAGAACUGGGGGCUUGUGACAUACAGAGAGACAAACCUUCUGUAUGAUUCAGUCAUCUCUUCCAAUGCAAACAAGGAGAGAACAGCAACCAUUAUAGCCCAUGAACUGGCACACAUGUGGUUUGGCAACCUUGUGACUCUGAGGUGGUGGAAUGAAGUUUGGCUGAAUGAAGGUUUUGCCUCUUAUGUAUCAUAUCUUGGUGCAGACUUUGCUGAACCAUCUUGGAAUGUGAAAGAUCUGAUUAUCCUCAAAGAUGUACACCGUGCUUUUUCUGUGGAUGCUCUGGCUUCCUCUCAUCCCCUGUCUUCUAAAGAGGAAGAUAUUACAAAGCCAGAGCAGAUCAGUGAGCAGUUUGAUGCAGUGUCCUAUAGCAAGGGGGCGUCAGUGCUGAGAAUGCUCUCAGACUUCCUCACCGAACCUGUGUUUGUCCAAGGGCUAAAUACAUAUCUAGACAUGUUUGCCUAUCAAAACACAGUAGGUGAAGAUCUGUGGAAGCACCUUCAAACUGCAGUUGAUAAGACUGGAACAGUUCUACCCUUAAGUGUCAAAGAAAUAAUGGACCGUUGGGUUCUUCAAAUGGGAUUCCCAGUGGUCAUGGUCAACACUACGACAGGCCAGGUCUCCCAGAAGCACUUCCUUCUGGAUCCUGACUCCAUAGUGGAGCGACCAUCUCCAUUCAAUUAUGAAUGGAUUGUGCCCAUCAACUGGAUGAAGGCAGAAGUGGAGCAGUCACGAUUUUGGCUCCUGGAAAGAACUGCUUUUCACAAUGAAAUGAAGACAACUGGAAAUGAGUGGGUUUUGGUAAAUCUGAACAUCACAGGAUAUUUCAGAGUGAAUUAUGACACUGACAACUGGGAGCAUCUACUGAAUCAGUUGACUGAGAACCACAAGGUCAUCCCAGUCAUCAACAGGGCUCAAAUUGUAGAUGAUGCUUUUAACCUUGCAAGGGCAAAGAUGAUUCCUGUCACUUUAGCACUCAGCACUACAAAAUACUUAUUUCAAGAAAGAGAAUAUAUGCCAUGGCAGUCUGCUCUUGACAAUCUGGAUUAUUUCUACCUGAUGUUUACACAAACUGACGUCUAUGGGCUUUUACAGAACUACCUCAAGAAGCAAGUGACCCCCCUUUUUGCAUAUUUCAAGAAUAUUACAGAGGAUUGGUCACAUGUACCCUUUGGACAUACAGAGCAAUACAAUCAGGUAAAUGCUAUUAGAGUUGCAUGCAGCACUGGUGUAGAUGGCUGUCAAAACCUUACCUUAAGCUGGUUCAGACAGUGGAUGGACCUACCAAACCACAACCCGAUUCACCCCAACUUGAGGUCUACAGUGUAUUGCAGCGCUAUUGCUGCAGGUGGCUCUGAUGAGUGGGAUUUUGGCUGGCAAAUGUUUAAAAAUGCCACCAUUGCUAUAGAAGCUGAUAAACUCAUGUCAUCCCUGUCUUGUACAAAAGAUCGCAAUCUUUUAGAAAGGUACCUUGAAUAUACACUUGAUGCAUCAAAGAUCCGUAAACAGGAUGCUACAUCUGUUAUUGUGUAUAUUGCCAGCAACCCAGAUGGUCAGACACUGGCUUGGGAAUUUGUCAGAAAGAACUGGGAGUACAUGUUCACAGAGUAUGGUGUUGGGUCCUUUAACUUUGCCAACCUUAUAAGUGGCAUAACCAAAUCAUUUUCAACAGAAUCAGAACUUGAGCAGCUUCAGCAGUUUAAGAGUGACAAUGCAGAGAUUGGAUUUGGCCCGGGAGCAACAGCUCUGGAACAGGCCAUCGAGACGACAAAAGCCAAUAUAAAAUGGGUGACCGAAAACCUGACAGAAAUUAAAGACUGGCUUAUGGCUGAAACAGCUUAAACACAUUGCACUCUCUACAAUUGACAUCAGUCUUUUGUGUGUUCUGUAUAAAGGAUGCUAAAGAAAAAAAAUAUUCUUGUCUGUAUAGGAGGACAGUGUAUAUAUUAAAUUAAAGGUGCACCCAGUAUCCAAAAUAAUUGUCAUUUUAAAACAUAUGUAUAAACCAUGACCACUCACAUGAGAAAACAUUAUAUAAGCUUGAUGCAGUGAGAUCCAGCAGAUGGAAAAUAUCUAUAUGGAGAUGGUCCCCUCAUGGGGGAAACCAUGUUAGAAUCACAUGACCUGCUGAAUACUAUUUGCUUCAUCUCAGUAACUGCCCUAUUAUUGGACACUGCAGCUUGUAUUAUUAUGUAUUAAAUUAAUCAUAGCUGACAUAGAAUAGUGAAUAUCUACAAUGGCAUCUGUGACUGGAAUCUUCUACUAUACAUCUAAUGCCUACAGGUGCCAUUGGAAGUCCAAGAUGACACAAGCACAAGAGUUACUCAGGGCACCUUUAAAAUAAUUUUAUGAAAUAAUGAAUAAUCAGUCAAUAAUUAAAGUAGUAAAAAAAAUAGUUUAAUUGUUUAGUAUAACUAAUAUUGUUUAUAAGUUUUUGGUUGUUUGUUAAAUUGUAAUUUGCUCUGUAUUGAUAUAGAUGGUUUGUUUGUAUUAAAAAAAACAUGGCUUACCAUAUCAACACUUUUAAAUGCUCAUUUCUAUGAAGAGGCCCCUCUUUGUAGAGCUCAAACUCUCUUUGUCAACUUGUAAUAGUCAACUUGCUUAUAACUUGCUAAUAUGUCACACACACACACACAAAGUUGUAAGUAAAACUGUGAUUGGUUUGCCUACGUGACCAUUAUCCAUCUCAGCUUAUUUAAAUCUGAGUUCAGAGUUCUUUGCACGGCAUGACAUUUAUUUUAUUAAGUUUUUAUAGGCACGAGACAAAAAAGUUCUACCCAGAUUCUCUGAAAGGUUAUGAAGGUGGGACAAAGCUGAAUAAAAUA